GCCUUCCAUGCUCCUCGGGAAUACAUUGUCGAAGCUUCAGACGACCUCCAUUGCCGAUUAACCCUAAACCCCUAUAAAAGGAGAAGCCUCUGCAAUUAUUGGCAACGAAGCAGUGAGUUCAAGAAAUCAUCCACUACAAAUCUCCAUCUUUCUAAAUUCAUAAAUCGUCAUGGCGGCCUUAAUAGCUGCGAAGAGGUCGAUCACGCUCGGGAAAGCCUUUCAAAAUCUUCUAUUGUCGCCGGCUCGUCCGCUGCCUGCCUCAGCUUCUGUUUUCGCCCGUUCGUUCAAUACAAAUGCCCAGCUCCGCGAACCAGAGGACGAUCGUGAGCUUGAGGUCGGCCGUCGCUCCGACGGCGGCGCCGUUUCACGCCGACGAGCCGACGGUUUCCCAGGCUUCUUAUCAGAUGUGAUGGAUCCAUUCGUCCCACGGACGGUGAGCCAGCUGCUAAACAUGAUGGACUCGAUGCUUGAUGGACCGUUCCAGUCAUCGGCUAGAAGCGCGAGCGGCGUCCGGCGGGGAUGGGACGCGAGGGAGGAUAAGGAUGCGUUGUACUUGCGCAUUGACAUGCCGGGGCUAGGGAAGGAAAACGUGAAGGUGAGCGCAGAGCAGGGGACGCUUUUGAUUAAAGGAGAAGGUGAGGCGGAAGAGGGGGAUGAGGAUAGCCAGCGGAGAUACAGCUCGAGGAUUGAUCUGGCGCCGGAGACCUACAAGCUGGACUCUAUUAGGGCGGAGAUGAAGAACGGCGUGCUGAAGGUUAUUGUGCCCAAGGUGAAGCAGGAGGAGAGGAAGGAUGUCAUCCAUGUCAGCAUUGAGUAGGGUUUAGGGUUUUUAGGUCUUGCUUUCCUUGCCCUGUUUUAUCGCUUUGUUGUUAAGAUCAAGUAUGAUUAAUGUUUGAAUCUAUAUGUAUGGU